AUGGAAGAGAAAAAUGUUGAUGCUGUGUUGGAGAAUGGAAAUGACAAAGAGCAAGGUAUGGACACACCAGGGUUGUGGUCAAUUCAGUUUAAAAAUAUGAAGUUAUUAUUCAAGAAGUUAGAAAACAAUGGGCUAUUUUCUAUUAUGAAAUUUACUCACACACACAUCACACAAGUAUUUUCAAAUACACAGCCCAAAACAAGUAUUUUUAUUUGAGUAUUUGAAUGGUUAAUUGUAAAAACCAAAAAGUCUACCAAAUUGUAGUUGAUUGUUUUCAAAUACUUAUUUCAAAUACUAUUUUAAAAUACCUGGGUUAAAUGCAUUGGAGUGUAUUUGAGUAUUUUCAAAUACUUUCCAAGUGUAUUUCCAAAUACAUUAAAAUAUUCAACUACUUGUCUUUUCAAAUAAAAUAUAUCUGAAUACUUACUUUGAAUGUGCAGUACCAGUCAAACGUUUGGACACACCUAAUCAUUCAAGGGUCUUUCUUUAUUUUUACUAUUUUCUACAUUGUAGAAUAAUAGUGAAGACAUCAAAACUAUGAAAUAGCACAUAUGGAAUCAUGUAGUAACCAAAAGUGUUAAACAAAUCAAAAUAGAUUUUAGAUUCUUCAAAGUAGCCACCCUUUGCCUUGAUGACAACUUUGCACACUCUUGGCAUUCUCUCAACCAGCUUCACAUGGAAUGCUUUUCCAACAGUCUUGUUCCCACAUAUGCUGAGCACUUGUUAGCUGCUUUUCCUUCACUCUGUGGUCCAACUCAUCCCAAACCAUUUCAAUUGGGUUGAGGUUGGGUGAUUUGUGGAGGCCAGGUCAUCUGAUGCAGCACUCCAUCACUCUCCUUCUUGGUCAAUUAGCCCUUAAACAGCCUGGAGGUGUGUUGGGUCAUUGUCCUGUUGUAAAACAAAUGAUAGUCCCGCUAAGCGCAAACCAGAUGGGAUGGCGUAUCGCUGCAGAAUGCUGUGGUAGCCAUGCUGGUAAAAAUUUCGACUCAUCAGAUUUUCACUGGUCUAAUGUCCAUUGCUCAUGUUUCUUGGCCCAAGCAAGUCUCUUCUUAUUAUUGGUGUCCUUUAGUAGUGGUUUCUUUGCAGCAAUUUGACCAUGAAGGCCUGAUUCACGCAGUCUCCUCUGAACAGUUAAUGUUGAGAUGCGUCUGUUACUUGAACUCUGUGAAGCAUUUAUUUGGGCUGCAAUUUCAGAGGCUGGUAACUCUAAUGAACUUAUCCUCUGCAGCAGAGGUAACUCUGGUUCUUCCUUUCUUGAGGCGGUCCUCAUGAGAGCCAGUUUCAUCAUAGCGCUUGAUGGUUUUUGCGACUGCACUUGAAGAAACUUUCAAAGUUCUUGAAAUGUUCCGUAUUGACUGACCUUCAUGUCUUAAAGUAAUGAUGGACUGUCAUUUCUCUUUGCUUAUUUGAGCUGUUCUUGACAUAAUAUGGAGUUGGUUUUUUACCAAAUAGGGCUAUUUAUUUAUUUAUUUUUUUUUGGUCAUUUAGCAGACGCUCUUAUCCAGAGCGACUUACAGGAGCAAUUAGGGUUAAGUGCCUUGCUCAAGGGCACAUCGACAGAUUUUUCACCUAGUCGGCUCGGGGAUUAGAACCAGCGACCUUUCGGUUACUGGCACAACGCUCUUACCCACUAAGCUACCUGCCGCCCUAUCUUCUGUAUACCAACCCUACCUUGUCACAACACAACUGAUUGGCACAAACGCAUUAAGAAGGAAAGAAAUUCCACAAAUUAACUUUUAACAAGGCACACAUGUUAAUUGAAAUGGAUUCCAGGUGACUACCUCAUGAAGCUGGUUGAGAGAAUGCCAAGAGUGUGCAAAGCUGUCAUCAAGGCAAAGGGUGGCUACUUUGAAGAAUUAAAAAAAUAAAAUAUACUUUGAUUUGUUUAACACGUUUUUGGUUACUACAUGAUUCCAUAUGUGUUAUUUCAUCAUGUUGAUGUCUUCACUAUUAUUCUACAAUGUAGAAAGUAGUAAAAAAUAAAGAAAAACCGUUGAAUGAGUAGGUGUAUCCAAACUUUUGACUGGUACCGUAUGUAAAAGUAAUUGAGAUAUUUGAAACAGUAUUUGAACCCAGGUCUGACAAACACACACACUUUCCUCAUUGGUGUCUGCUAUCUCCCAAUCAGUCAGCGGUCAGACAGCAGAGAAGCACAAGCCACAUCUCCCUGUCAGUGCCAUGACCAGGACUAGUCCCGAGUCACCAACUGGCCCCAGACGAGCCUCAGAGGAACUCAAGUCUGCUGGUCAUUCAUUAGAAGAUGUCACCUCACCCAAAGCAAUACCGGAUUAUUUGUAUAAAUCUGGUGAGUAAAAUACCUGUAAUAUAAUAUAUGUAACAUAUUUGUUUCCUUACCUUGUUAGCAGGCUGUGGACAAUUUUGUAAGUAAUCUUUUACAUAUUUAUUUUCCUUCUUUGACUCUCACCUUUCCUCCUUUUACUGUAUGUACACUCCUAACAAAUCAGAGGACUCGUCAUUCGGCAAGCCACAUCUUCCCUGCACUGCCAUGACCAAAACGGACUCCCCAACUAGCCCCAAACCGCCAGCACAAUCUCCUGCUUUGGCCCAAAAGUCUCCUGCUUUAACACCAAAGUAUCCUACCUACCCAAUAGCAGACGUCACCACUUCCAAAACAGCACUUGUUGCUCUGUUUAGUCCUAGUGAGUAGAACAUGGACCGGACUCAGUUCUCUAUUCUUAAAGGGAUAGUUCACCCAAAUUACAUAUUUGUUUCCUUAACUUGUAUGCAGAUCCUCUGGGUAAUUUUGUAUUUUGUAUUUAUUUUUGAAUUAACUAUCCCUUUAAGAUGUACUCUGACAAAUCUAAAGUUAAAUUAAGGAACAUAUCCAUGGCUGACUUUGUUGACUUGUCUUGGGUGUUUCAGCACCAGCAUUAAAGAGAGAGACCCCUGUGCCAAUGCGUACAUUUACACUUCCAGGCCUAUUACAAGGACCAGGUACAUAUUCAUUUUGCUUGCAGUAGGCCUAGAUUGUGUAACAUUUUAUGUGUCUGUCAUCCACUCUCGUUGACACCUGUUCGGGUUCAAAUAGUACAGAUAAAGCUUUUGAAAGAAAAGGAAUACUGUUUGAACCCAGGUCUGGUUGACACUGUCCAUCCGAUCUGAUGUCACCCUCUAGUCCAAAUAAAAUGUUGCAUUCAAGCUAAACCUUAACAGCUAACCUUUUCUCCUCUUCUGUCUAUUCUCAUCAAAGCAGAGAGUUCGUCAGGACAACAUCAGGAAGUGAGGUCACCAGUCAGCAGUCAUGGAGCUCAGCAAGAGCACCCCACCCCUGUAUCUCUGGCCCCGCCCUAUGCCCCUGUCAGUGCCUUGACCAAAACUAGCCCUGAGGUACCAACUGCACCAGCCCCAACUCAGUCCCCUGCCACCCCAUCUUGGGCCCCUGCUGCCCCAUAUCAGUCUUCUGCUGCCCAAACUCAGUCUCCUGCAGCCCCUCCAUCUCCUGCACCCAAAACACCUAGUCAAUCCGUAUUUGAGGAGACCACACCCAAAGCAUCAGGAGAAUUUCCUUUCAAACGUAGUGAACGUGGUGAGUACCACAGGGACACAAGAACUCCUCUCUCACUACUAUCUGUUUCAUCUUUUCCGUUUCUGACUUUGUUCUUUCCCAUUUCUUUGUCUGACCUCUAGUUCUAUUUCAGUUUUUUUCCCUUCCUUCUUUUACAGUAGUACAUGCAGUUAAGGCAGCGAGCCCGAGUCUUACCCGUAGCAUGAGCUUCCCAGCAACCACAGGUGAAAGUAGGAACUGGUCUGUAGGCAUAGCAUAGUAGUCUUCUGGUCUUCAUUGUGUGUUGUGCUGUCCGCCUUUGCCUCUCCUAGUCUUUUCUCCAUUGUCAGGUUAGCAUUGUCCUCUCUUCCCUGGCGGUCCAGAUAAGUUUGACAGUCCGAACAAGCUUGGUGGUCUGGACAAGUUUGGGGGCGGUGGGGAGCGGAAGCUGCAGAGGUCACAAACGCUGCCUCGCAACCUCGGGAUGCAGGGCAAACGGUCUCUGUUUGAGAGUUUGGCCUACGAGUGUGACAGGUACAGUAGGCACAGUCAGUCACCCUGACUUCACCCAUUGUCUCUCUUGCCCACCUUAGCUAACUAUUACUCCCUAUUGGGUAAUUGCUAAAGCCUAGUUGCUGAAGCCUAGUUAUAUGUUCCCCAACCCUUUACUACAUGUAUAUUAUCACUGUCAUUAACCAUGUUUCCAUCCACAGUUUUUAUGCGAGUAAAGUAAUACCAUAAAAAAAAAAAUCACUACAGCUGUGAUGGAAACAGGAAGUUUCGGUACAAUUUUAUAAAUGCCGACAGAUAAUUUGUUUGUUCGAUAUGGUGGGAUGAUUUUGUGUCUGUAAAAUUAAAUAUGCGAGAAAUGGCGGUGGGAACUCCUUUAUGCGCAAAUAUUGAUAUAAUAACCAUCAUAUCAAAGUAAACUUGUAGUCACACAAUUAUAUGGUGUGUGGUCCUUCCACUAUGACUCGGGAAACCAUGCAGUUUAUUAGGCUACAGAUGAAGUAAGUUAUGAUGAACUUCACAGGGUGGUGAAAGUGCACGGUGAUGAGCUUGAUGCUCCUUUCCAAUAAGUAUUGAGGGUCUUAUUCUGGUAACAUGAUGAUCGAUGCUUGACUGCCGUUUGACAAUGAAAAAUAUUCUCGGAUUUAUCCAUAAUAAUCUCAUCAUGUAGACUAGCCUACCCGCACAGCCUACCCACACUGUAUCUGCCAGCUGUUAGCUAGACCUGAGUAGGCAUAUUUGCUAUUUAAUGCAACAGUUUUUUUGACAAAACUAUCGGUAGACUAAAAAAUGUGAUGGAAACACAUUGAACUUUAGAUUUUUAUUCGGUACAUGAAAACUUAAGCGAAAAAGUACAUUUUGUGUGCACUACAUCAUCCACAACAAAUCCAUUUCGUGGAAACACCAUUGGUGGGAAAAUGCGCAUAUUUUCUUAAUGCGGAUUUUAGAAUAUUCGCAUGAAAGUCUGUCGCCGAUUGCAUGGAAACCUAGCUAUUGUGUGAUGUCAGACAGUUGGUUCCUGUUUAUAUGUCACUUAGCAAACAAAGCAAACAAAGCAACUUACAGCACAGUGAGUGCAUACAUGAACCCAUGACCUUGAUGUUGCUAGCACUAUGUUCUUACCAACUGAGCUACACAGCCACAAACAACUGAACACCUCUAUGUUCCACUCUGCAGGUCCAAGGCUGCAGGCUCCAAGCCCAGACUGCAGCGCUCCCAGAGUUUCAACAGCGCUAGCAACAUCAAGGCAAUGCUCCUGGAGUGGUGCCGCUCCAAAACCAUUGGCUACCAGGUGAGUCCGGCCCUAGUCCCUUGUGACUGUUCACAAUGUGAUAUAAAUGUUAGCUAGCAAACGUGAGAUUUGGUUCUGGUUUCCAGCGAUUAGUCCAUCCCAGUCCUUGCCAGGACUUUAGACAGCAUAGGAGGCUCCAUAUUCUCAUACCAUUUUGUUCGUAAUUGGACCAUGUGUGUUAAUCAUGCAUUUAUGUUAAUAGAGGAUUUACCAUCAAAUAUGGCCCUUAGUUAGUCAAUGUAUAGGAAUACUCAAGUUUUAACUGGUUUUCCAUGGAAAUAACACUGCAUUUGGCUCCUACCAUUCUCUCCACCAGAACAUAGACAUCCAGAACUUCUCAUCCAGCUGGUGUGAUGGGAUGACCUUCGCUGCCCUGGUCCACUCCUUUUUCCCGCUGGUGUUUGACUACAACACACUGAACCCUGCCAAUCGCAAACACAACUUUGAAAUGGCCUUCACCACAGCAGAGUAAGUGUGUGUGUGUGUGUGUGUGUGUGUGCUGCCAUCCUGUUAGAAGGUAACAUAUUAUUUUAUUAUAGUGGUUAAGAGUGACUUUCAUUGUGUUCCAUGGUGUUUAUCGUCCCCUAGUGGAGCUUUCUGGUACUUAGAAGAAUGCACAAAAAACGGAAGUAGAGUAGUCAUUCUGCACGCAGACAAGCAGCUAGAAACAAUGCUACGGUACAGUUGUUUCUGUGCAACUAUUUAUUGUCAUGCUUCAGCCUCGGAAAAUAUUUAUUUGUAAGUUCAAUUCAAGCAUAUUGCUAGUGAUGAUAAUAUUGUUAUUGAUAGAAUUGCUACUUAUCAAUGUUAGUUGGUUACAUUUACUCACGCCAAUUGCAUUGACUUUCAUGGAUGGGGUCAACUGUAUUAGUUUGCUCGUGCGUCAUGUAAGCGAAUUGUAAAACAUACUAUAGUUUGUUACUGUUUCUAGUGUAAUAUGCUUUGUUAUUGUACAGAGGUGUUUGCACAUUAUUAGAGUAAUGAAGGGAGUUGGCUAAUUGCUACUCAUAUGGUAAUUAUCUAUCUGGUUUGUCGUCAUGUCAGAUACAUGGUACCUUGGCACUUGCUUUGUAUUUAUACAACUUCAACUUGAAAUGUAUAAUGUACAGCUACACAAUGUCAAUGUGAAUUGGAUACUAAAGUAUAUUAUUUUAUGUAUUUUGCAGUUUCACAACAUAAACGUUUUCAAUACAUUCGUUCAAGAAAAGUCACGCCUUGGAAGUUUUUGAAGACUCAGUUGUUAGUUAUCUGUCUAGUUUUUCAUGGGAACGCAAUUCCAGUGCAGAAUAGUGCGCGUGUGAGAUCCUGGGACAACUCUGUGGCUUACGUUAUUAUAAUAUAGAUCUAUUGGAAACCUUAUUUUUAAAUCUUGUGGUUCAUAUUUUUUUUCUCUCCUUCUGUCUCUCUCAGGGAGCAAGCCGACUGUGUGCGUCUCAUAGAGGUCGAGGAUAUGAUGGCGAUGGGUAGCAAACCAGACCCCAAGUGUAUUUUCACCUACGUUCAGUCCCUCUACAACCACCUCAAGAAGUUUGAAUGA